CCAGCCAGGAACUGGAGCCAGAGGCUUCCCGUGCUGCCUGUCGGGAGAGAGCACAUUAGGAAUGCUUUUCCGUGCCUGGCUUCCUGAGCUAUCUAUCCCCUGGUAGCCAGGCAGCUUGGAGCAAUCUGAUCAUACUUCCCCUCAGCCCCGCAGGAGCCAGAAUGCAGGCCAAGUACAGCAGCACGAGGGACAUGAGGGGGAUGCUGGAUGACGACGAGGACACCACCUUAAGCCUGCAUUCUCAAGCCUCUGCCACCACCUGGCAGCCAGAGCCCAGGCCUACAGAGCUCAGGACUCCCCUCUCUACGUGGCGCCCGGUGGCUCUGACGCUGCUCACUCUGUGCCUGGUGUUGCUGACUGGCCUGGCAGCCCUGGGCCUUGUGUUCUUUCAGUUCUACCAGCUCUCCAACACUCAGCAAGCUAUCAUUGUUCAGAAGGAAGAAAGGCUGGGGAAUCUGUCCCAACAGCUGCAGUCUCUUCAAGGCAAGAACAAGAAGCUUGCAGAAAGCCUGCACCGUGUGGCUGAAAAACUCUGUCGUGAGCUCUAUAAUAAAAGUGGGGGACCCAAGUGCAGCCCUUGCCCAGAAAAAUGGAAGUGGCUUGGGGACAAAUGCUACCAAUUCUACAGAGAUAGUAAGAGUUGGCAGGGCUGUGAAUAUUUUUGCAAUGCUGAGAAUUCUACUAUGUUGAAGAUAAACACACAAGAAGUGCUGGACUUUGCCAUGCAUCAGAGCUACUCUGAGUUUUUCUACUCUUAUUGGACAGGGCUCUCUCGCAAUGGCAGUGGAAAGACCUGGCUGUGGAUGGAUGGAACACCUUAUUCCUUUGAACUGUUCGAGAUAAUCAUAGAUACCAGCCUUCUGAGAAGCAGGGAUUGUGUGACCAUCCUCAAUGGCAAAGCCUUCUCCAAGGACUGCAGGGAGCUGAGGCGCUGUGCAUGUGAGAGGACGGCAGGGAGAGUGGACCCCGAGAAGCUGCACUAGCUCCCUGAGUCCCUCGGUGGAGGCACGCUCUGUUCAGCUCCAACUACAACCCAGAGGUCUGGCCAUGUGAGGCCAAUGCAAGGGAUACUGAGUAUGAGACGCCGGAAGUGGAAGAUAUUCAGGAAAAGCAAUUGCAUGUUCAGGAUCACCAGUAUUUCUGAGCUGGGGCUUCUGCACAUACAAUCAGAAAAAAAUCUUCUUCGUGUAUCACUAACCAGCCCCAGACACCCAAGAAGCUGUCAUCUACUUUCUUGUCUUAGAGAUAAUUUUUAGUUCUCUUCCUUCUCAGCACCUAGUAUCACCUCCUUGUUUCCUUGUCUUCCUUUUGUUUAAAGAAGUAAGAACUUCACUGAAGUAGAAGAAUUCAGUGGAAAUGGUAUGGUUUACCCCAACAGUCAGGGAGUCCAGGAGAAGUUAGCAGACAUUUCCCAUACUGUGCUGCUAUACACACAACUAAUUCUCUUUGUUUGUUACCAUUUCACACCUUUUAAGUCUGUCAGUAAGACUCAGUCUGCUUGGCUAAUGGCCAGCUUUCCAACUGAGAUGUCUAUGAGAUGUUUACUUCUAAAUAUACCUCUUUGUGCCCAUGAAGACUCCAAGAACUGCUUCUUUUCCCUAGGAAUUCAGGCUCAAUAAUCUUAAAUAAAUAUUCUUAAAUAAGCUCUAAUCAGAAUCACUGCCCUUCAAGGAGAUUGAAGACCAGAAAGAACAAAACGUCUCUCUUAAUUGCACCUGGCAUAGUUUGGGUUCAGUUCUUACUGCCUCCCCUUUAAGUCUCUCGUUUCAGGUACUAAAGAUGUAAUAAUAAUAAAUUAAAUAAUGUGAAGUAUGUGUGGUUUAAGAAUGGAUAUAUGAUUUGGGGGGAAAUCCAGCGUGGGGAUGCUUUUCAAAAUAUAACAAUCAUUAUUCUG